GCAUGACGGUUGCUCUAAACCCAACAGAACGCGUCUCUCUUGACAAUGGUUGAAUGUGGCCGCCUGCGCCUGUCCUUCCCUACACUGUCAACAGGCUACUUUGGGACUGCAUUUAUGAGCAAACUUGCAGGACGUCCCAAGCACGCCCCAUGGUCGCAUUGCAUUUUCUCUAGCAUUUCCAAGAUCUCACAUAUGAUGCAGUGCAACUACUAUUUAGGACUGACCUGCAUAUCGUGGCGGCUCGACAGGGCUGUCAGGGAGUGAUGCAAGAAGAGGCCAGCACGCGGCAAUAAGCACUUGACCAAUGAGCUCCUCCGCAUUUCGAAUACCUUAGUGUUGUGCUCCGGCCCAGCUGAGCACGAUUACAGAGAUUUCUCGGCCUUCUACUGAUCAGAACCUAUACAAUUGUGGCACUGGUGGCUGCCGUGUUGACAAGAUGGCGCGGGGCAAGCAGAAGAUUGAGUCGCAGAAGAAGAAUGCAGAGAAGAACGCUCCAGCAAAAGGGUCUCAGUUGAAGGCCCAAGCGGAGGCUUUGAAAGUCCAGUGUCCAAUAUGCAAGGCUCCAUUUACAAGCUACAAAAACCUGGUCGUCCAUUAUGAAUCCAAGCAUCCAAAGGAAACUCCACCACCUGCCCCUUGAGGUCCAAUUUAUGCAUUGUAGGAUCUGAUUCACAUUAUUUUUCAUUAAGCAGUCGUGUCCGGCCACCUAGAAUCAUGAGAGUAUGUCAUUUGGAUGGAAGGGCCCUCAACGACUAGGUAUGAAAGAAGCUAGUCAUCCAAGUUAGAUCCCGAAGAGAGCGCUAAGUGAUCACAGGUGCAGCUGUAAUGUUGACCGUACUCUUCUCUCUUCAUGGUUCAUGGCUGUUGAGACUUUGAAUUCCCCUGACAUAAUUAUACGUAGAACAGGUAGCUGCAGGCAAUCUGCUCAUGGCAUGGCAAACCGGUGUCCUAGGUCGCUGACAUGCAAUUCCGGC